GUCCAAACAUUCUUGGGGAUAGAGCCCUCUGACGAGCCGUAGUCAAGCAAACUAACGCAACAGCUGACCAUGAGGCACUCCUUGAGACUCGAGCAUGUGCUCACGCCCAACUAAAGACGUCGUGUUGGAACCAAUAGUUCGACCCAUGUGUGGCAGCGUGGAGCCGAAUUACAUACACGUUUGGAAAGAAGUCGUAUCGAGUGGUCUUUGUCGACUUGAACUCACAGUAUAGUCAUGCAGUCAUUUUCAUUGUCACCGAGGGACACAUUUGACAACAUGCAAGAGCAGCGGAUUUCGCGUUGGUAUUUUGGGGGAAUUGCCUCUUGCGGCGCUGCUUGCUGUACCCACCCACUGGACCUUAUCAAGGUGCUCCUGCAGACCCAGCAGGAGGUGAAGACCAGGAUGGUGGGCAUGGCCGCCCACGUAGUGCGCAGCGAUGGCGUACUGGCCCUCUACAGUGGCCUCAGCGCCUCAGUGUGCCGCCAGCUCACCUACUCCCUGACGCGCUUUGCAAUCUAUGAGACUGUACGUGACAUGAUGGGCAGUGAGACCGGAAGACCCAUGCCCUUCUACCAGAAGGUUCUACUAGCUGCUGUCGGAGGACUGACUGGGGGUUUUGUUGGUACACCUGCAGACAUGGUUAAUGUAAGGAUGCAAAAUGAUGUUAAACUGCCACCAAAGCUCAGGAGAAACUAUGCUCAUGCACUGGAUGGCCUUUUUCGAGUCUGGAGAGAAGAGGGCAUUAAGAAGCUGUUCUCAGGGGCCACCAUGGCCUCCAGUAGAGGCGCUCUCGUCACCGUUGGACAGCUCUCGUGUUAUGACCAGGCCAAACAGCUGGUUUUGGGCUCGGGAAUGAUGAGCGAUAACAUUGUCACACACUUCCUGGCCAGCCUCAUAGCCGGCGGCUGCGCUACUAUUCUCUGCCAGCCUCUGGAUGUGCUGAAGACUAGACUGAUGAACUCAAAAGGGGAAUAUGGAGGGGUGGUCCACUGUCUGCUGGACACUGCGAAACUGGGACCAAGGGCUUUUUACAAGGGUCUUGUUCCGGCUGCAAUCCGACUGAUCCCUCAGACCGUGCUCACUUUCAUCUUCCUGGAGCAGCUGCGUGCGCGUUUUGGGAUCAGGGUCAUCACCUCGACGUGAGCGCUCAUCCUCACCCUUAUCCUCAUCCCUCUUCCUCAGCUCUGUGGACACUUGGGGUCCAGCUGGACCUGCCUUUUCCACGGAAGACAGACUCUGCCCUGUUGGUCCACUUUCUAUUCAUAAACGGACAU